AUGGGAAAGAUCACCUUCUAUGAGGACCAGGGCUUCCAGGGUCGCUACUAUGAGUGCAGUAGCGACUGUCCCAACCUGCAGACCUUCUUCAGCUGCUGCAACUCCAUCCGGGUGGACAGUGGUUGCUGGAUGCUCUACGAGCUCCCCAACUACCAGGGACACCAGUACUUCCUGCACCGGGGCGAGUACCCCGACUACCAGCAGUGGAUGGGCCUCAGCAACUUGGUCCUUUCCUGCUGUCUGAUCCCCUUUCAGACAGCCUCCCACAGGAUGCGGCUGUAUGAGAGAGAUGACCACAAAGGCCUCAUGAUGGAGCUGAUCGAGGACUGCUCCUGCCUUCAGGACCGCUUCCAAUUCAGUGAGGUUCGCUCCCUCCAUGUGCUGGAGGGCUGCUGGGUCCUCUAUGAGAUGCCCAACUACUGCGGGCGACAGUACCUACUGAGGCCGAGAGAGUAUAGGCAGUAUCAGGACUGGGGGGCUAUGGAUGCUAAGGCAGGCUCUUUGCAGAGGGUUGUGGAUUUAUACUAA